AUGACCCAGGAGCAGUACAUUGUUGCGUCCCAGCCGAGUGCGCUGCAGAGGCCGGGCUGUGCGCCCUCGUACCCCGUGGGCAUUUACGGCUGGAGGAAGCGCUGUCUUUACUUCUUCAUCCUCCUCCUCCUCGUCACCAUGAUCGUCAACCUGGCCCUCACCAUCUGGAUCCUGAAGGUCAUGAACUUCACCGUGGAUGGAAUGGGAAACCUUCGUGUGACCAAAGAGGGAAUCAGGUUAGAAGGUGUUUCAGAAUUUCUCCUCCCUCUCUACGUUAAAGAGAUCCAGUCAAGACGGGACAGUCCUCUGGUUCUGCAAUCCGACAGAAAUGUUACAGUCAAUGCUCGUAAUGACCUGGGCCAACUGACAGGGCAGCUCACUGUGGGCUCUGAGAUGGUGGAGGCUCAGUGUCAGAGGUUUGAAGUACGGAGCACUGAUGGUGAGAGAGUACUCUUCUCUGCUGAUGAGGAAGAGAUCACUAUUGGAACAGAGAAACUGAGAGUGACAGGCGAUGAGGGAGUUGUCUUUGGUCACUCAGUGGAAACGCCUCACGUCCGUGCAGAGCCUUUUCAGGAUCUGAGGCUGGAGUCUCCCACCAGGACCUUAACGCUGGAGGCGCCCAAGGGGGUGGAGGUAGAUGCCGGGGUGGGUGAGUUCAAGGCCACCUGCCGAAAAGACCUCACCCUGGAGUCUUCAGAGGGAGAGAUAUUUUUAAAUGCGAACACAAUCCGCCUGGGGAACAUUCCUCAUGGGACAGUGGACCCUUUGCUGGGCCCAGGAACAUCCUAUCCUAAGCAGACUGUGUAUGAGGUGUGUGUGUGUCCUAGUGGUAAACUCUACCUGUCUCCAGCCGAGAGCGCUUCCACCUGCCAAACCACCAACAGUGUGUGUUUGUGGAGCUGA